AAACGACAGUAAUGUUUCUGCUCUACGAAUAGCAGGACUUUCGACAAUACUGAGAUUAAGAAGUGUUCCUCAUAAUAAUUCAAAAUGCUGUGCACAAUAAUUUUGAUUACUAUUUUGGUCGCAGUGAAAGGAGAUGAAUGUAUACCACGUUCAUUCGGGACCAAUCGUAUGGUAUGCGUUUGUAACUCGACGUAUUGUGAUACAGUAUACAAACAAACAUUACAACAGAACCAGCUUUUAUGGUACACGUCCACUCAGGAUGGCAAAAGAAUGCAAUCUUCCGUUGUGAACUUUACUGCCAAAAAUGAAUCCAAAAUCAAUCUGGUUCUUACAGUGGACAUUAGUGAGAAGUUUCAAAAGAUAGAAGGAUUUGGCGGGGCAAUGACUGACGCCGCCGCACUCAACAUUAAAAAUCUCAGCAAUGAAACUCAACAGAUGUUAUUUGAGUCGUAUUUUGGUUCCACCGGUAUCGGAUACACGUUUACUCGUAUACCUAUCGCAGGUACUGAUUUCUCGACGAGACCAUAUACAUACGAUGACGUAUCCAACGAUCUUACGUUAAGUCACUUCAAACUUGUGGAAGAAGAUGACUUAAAAAUCGGAUAUCUAAACUAUAUCAAGAGUAUUAUGUCUAAUCCAGACAAUCUUAAAAUAUUAACAACUUCAUGGAGCGCGCCUGCGUGGAUGAAAACCAGUAACGAAAUAACUUGGGGUGCUUUAAAACUUGAAUAUUAUCAACUUUACGCUGAUUAUAUCACAAAGUUCUUUGACGCGUAUAAAGAACGUGGUAUAAAUAUAUGGGGUAUAACACCUGGCAACGAACCAUUAGAUGGAUUUAUCCCAACCUUCAUUUUCAAUGCCAUGGCUUGGACGCCUACCACAUCAGCAGCUUGGGUCGUGAAUCAGUUAGCUCCGACUUUGGCUAAUGCUGGAUAUAAACCCUUCUACAUAGCGAUGGACGAUCAACGUUUCGAAGUUCCAUGGUUUACCGAGUCGAUGUUCGAGUAUCCAAACGCUAAAGAACUGUUCUCUGGCACUGCGGUCCAUUGGUAUGCAGAUGAAAUAUUUUCACCGAUUAGACUGUCUCAAUUGCAUGAUAAAUAUCCAGAUAAGUUUAUAUUGAUGACUGAAGCAUGCACCGGUAGCAGUCCCUUAGAUAAAGAGAAAGUAAUAUUAGGAUCAUGGGACCGAGGAGAAAAAUAUGCUUCAAAUAUAAUCGAAAAUUUAUCGCAUUGGAUGGUUGGAUGGAUAGAUUGGAACAUAGCGCUCAAUGAACAUGGGGCACCAAAUUGGGCAAAAAAUUAUGUGGAUUCACCAAUCAUCGUAAUGCCGCAAACAGACGAAUUCUACAAGCAGCCUAUGUUUUAUGCGAUUUCUCACUUCAGCCAAUUUGUGCCAUGUAACUCUUACAGAAUUUUAUCUGUAGGUCUUGAAGACAAUCCACACAUUGAAGCGAUAGCGUUCUUGACGCCCGAACAAGAUGUUGUUGUUGUGGUUGUUAACAAAGCUAGUACUCCUACUGCUAUAACAGUAAAAGACAAGAACAAAAACAACGUAGUAAAUGUAAACUUACCUGCCAAGUCUUUCAAUACAUUAUUGUAUUUAGCGCAAGAAUAA